AUGGGAAGAGGAAAGAAGCUCUUCGACAUAAGGAGUCUCUUUUCACAGAGCACACCUCCUGCGCACGACGAGGAGGAGGACAAGGUGUACAAUGCAAUAGAGGAAAAAAGAAGGAAGUCGAGGGUAAGAGAGCAGCAGAGGAUACUCACCAAUGAGGAGGUGAAGAUGCUUGAGAAGAUGGAUAUCAAGGAGCCCGCUCCCAAGAGUCUUUUCGCUCGGAGAGUGGGAGAAGCGGAUGUGGAUGAGAACGAGUCUGCCUGCGACAACGGUGCAUGGAAAAUACAUGUUCUCCAGACUCUGAUAAGGAAGAACCGCCUGAAUGUGCAUGCAAGAAUCAGACUCAGCAGAAUCGUGGAUGGGGACGAGGGUGUUCGGAUACUGCUUGAGGGCCGGGACAUCAAGGAUGGGGAACUGUGGAGGGAGAUCAUCGACCGAUGCUAUACACCUGACCUCCUUGAUGAGGCGCUGGAGAUUGUGGAUGCAGACGAGGAUUUCUAUAUAAGGCUAUUUGCAAGAGACGGAAGCAUUAGGGUGCUGAGGACUGGCGUUGAAAGGCAUCCGAGAAGCUUUGAGCUCCGGAGGAUGCUGAGCGAGAAUCUGGCAGAUAUCGCUGAGAGGCAGAUGUUCCUGUAUGACUGUGUUCUGGAGACACAGGAGGAGAGGCUGGCAGACAUGUUUGUCAACAGCAGCCCGGAUUACCGACUUACGAUGUCUCUGCAUAAUGCUCUGAAAAGCAAGGGGAUGUGUUCUGACCAAAUCCUGAUCUACCUACUCAGGGGUGAAAACAGCUCUGCAUUGGUUGAGGAUCUGUUCGGCCUUGGACUAGAAAGGACUCUUUAUGUCCUUCGCAAUGGAAGAAAGAGACUUGACCUCCCUAGCCGGAUUCUUGCUAAACCCAAUGUUCUGCGCUAUCUCGAGACGGUCAAGGUGGAGCCAAUGACCGCCCUUUCCUCUGAUCUAUGGUCCCUGUUUGUCUCGAUGAGCAGGCACGGGCUUCACGAUGACGAGACCUUCAUUUCCUGCUACAAUGUUGCAAAACAGCACUUUCUGGAUGGCGAAUUCAUAGACAGGUUUUUUGUGAUGGGGUCUCGGAGGUACUUUGUUGAUCUCAUGAAGGCUAGGGAGUGGUGGAGGUUGUUUAUGACCAGCAAAGACGUCAGAUACUUCCGGAAGGCUGAAAAGACUCUGCAGGGUGGAGCAAAGUACUACGGGAAGGAGAAGAAGAUGUUUGUACUUGCCAGGUCGAAGAUGUACUACAUGUGCGGAGACUACCACAGCAGCUACCUGGCGAUUCCUGGGAAGAUGAAGACGAUCAGAAAGUAUGUGAUACUUGCACAGAUAAACAUGGAAAGGGCCACUGAGGAGCUGAGAGAAGACCUGUUUGACUAUAAGCAUUGGCUGCUGUAUGCGGAGCUGGCUGAAAGGAGGGGAAUGGAUGCCUGCAGAAUAUACGAGGAGUGCAUGGAGAGAUAUCCUGGGAAUGCCAAGGUCGGAAUUGGAUAUCUGAGGUAUCUGAAGAGGCUAGACAUGGAAAAGGCGCUGGAGCUAAGCAACAGACUUGUGAAGGCGUUUGGAACUGAAGAGUGGGUGUGGUUUGAAAGGUUUGUGAUAUCCAGGAAGCUGGGGAGGGUCUCUCUGCCUGUCCUCUACAACUCGAGAAAGCAUGUAAGGUCUGAGCUGAUUGACUCUGAGAUAAGAUACUAUGAGAACAAGGAUGUCCCCGAAGGAAACAGGUACUCUGGGUACUAUGCGUACAAGAAAGUAAAGAUCAGGGAAUGCAAUGGGAAUGGGAUGUGCAAGGACUGCAUCACCUCGAUGAAGGGAUACUAUAGGGAAAGGAUAUUGAGGAACCAGGACGAUGGAGACAACUAUAUAUUGUACUACUGUGUUAGCGGGGAAGUUGGUCCUGAGCUUAGAAGGAUGGUUGAGUUUUUUGAUCCUCGGGGAGGAGACUACUGGGCCAGGAUCAGAAAUGUUGUGGACAUUGGAGAUAAGCUUGCAGCAGGGUCCCUGAUGAUGAACUUUGACCUUCUGGGAUAG